AUGUCAGACAAUACUAAAAUUAAGGAAAGACUUAGAUUUUCUUCUUUUUUUAGUUGUAUUGUUAGUUCAACACUUUCAACAGAAUCAACUAAAAUUUCUCUUUUAAAAUUCCCACUGUAUGUUAUUGCAAUAAUUGCAAAUCAAGAAAAAGAAAUAGCAACAAGUAUUUUUGAACUUCAUAGAAAAUUACUUGAUAUAGCAGCUCAACUUCAACUUAAAAUUCUGAGAUUUGGUGCUGAUAGUACCUCAGCAGAGUUUAAUGCUCAAAACCAACUUAUGCAUAUAGAAAUAUCAGAAAGAUUAGUUUUUAAAGAUACACUUUAUG